GCUUUAACUUUAAACCGAUGUUUAAUAAUGGUAGCUUUGUUGAUAAAAAAAGGUGACUGACUCAAGCUUCGAAAUAUACACUUGCGCAUGUUUAGAAUAUAUACUGAAUGAAUUAUGCUGAAAACUAAUUGCUGUAUAAUAUAAAAAUAUAACCAAAAUAAGCGACUUUUAGCUCACUUUGAGUAUGAGUCAGCGAGAUGGGCCCAUGGCAGAUUGGCUAAAUACAUGGGAUAGAAACUCAAGCUCUGCCUCUAGCACCCAUUCAGAAAAUGUUAGAUUUCCAAGUAAUAGUUCAACAAGAAUGGCCUUAAAUAACGAUAAAGAGUUGAGUGAUUUACUAGAUUUUAGUGCGAUGUUCACUCCACCAAAUCACACAAACAACAGACCAACUGUUGAUUCUACUCUUCAGAGUUCUGGUCCUGUUACAGCUGUGUCAAGGCCAGAUGGUGAUGAGUCAUGGACAACAUAUGAAGCAAGGCCAUUUGAUGGUGGAGCAUCAGGAGUUAUUUUUGUUCAAGAUGAUGGUGAACUUAUGUUGAAUUCCAGAAAAGGUCUUUCUGCCAACUCAUUCAGUCCUGCAAUAAAGAGAGAUGCCUUUUCCAUGAUGCUUAUCAAUGAAGGUCAGAAUAUAUCUUACACCAGAGCAGUAUCACCUACAGAUAAUGUAGAGAGCACAGAAUGGCGUCGUUACAAGCAGCAACAGAAAAGCUCUGCUGCUCGCUCAGUUUAUUCGCCAACUUCUGAAGAUAUUAUACCUGGUGAUCCAUCGCUUCCUUAUUCUUCACCUAAAGGUGGAAUUUAUGGCAAUGACUAUUAUUUAGAACAUGGUUCGCCUGAUCCUUGGGGUCACCAUAUGACAAGCGUCAGACCACAUACCAUGACAGGACCCUACUCAACGUUACCUCCAGAGUUUUACUCAACAAUGGAACUUAGUGAUUCUCGUCUUCCUCCGUCGCUACCUCCAAUGUCUUCAUUUAGACAGCACGGUUCAUCUUCUUUAAAUACAUCCUCGAGCCAAUUUGUUGCAACAUCAAGUUAUAACGACACACUUCCUCGUGGAAAUGAAUCCACUCAUUGUACUUCUCAACCUGGCGAAUCGCUCGGUAAAGCGCUUGCUUCGAUGUAUUCAAAUGAAACGAACUCCACAGCAAGCUUUCCUUCGAACCCUUCUUCUCCUGUAGCCUCUCCACCUCCUCUCAUAAGUAAUCGUACUAAUGCCCCUUUGUCAACAAAUACCAAUCCUGCAUCAUUUGACAAUAUACAGCAAAUGAAUCGGAUGCAAGAAACUUUGGAUGACGCAAUAUGGGUAUUAAAAAAUCACGCAGAAAGCUCUUUGACGCGUCCAUACAUUCACACUCGUUAUCCUCCUACUCUUACGGACCAAUUGCAAAAUGCACCAAUCGAUUCGCCAAUUGAUAAUAGUAUUAAUUCACACAUAUCCACUCCUCAAAAUUUGCUAGAAAUAGGAAAAAAGAAAAAUAAAGGUGAAAGUAAAGCUAAAAAGCGACAUAAGUUAGAUGACUCUGAUAUUAUUGAAAUGAGUGGUGAUGACGAUUCAGAGCCUAAAUACCUUCGAGAAUCUGAGAGAAGACACGCUAAUAAUGCCAGGGAAAGAGUACGUGUUCGUGAUAUUAAUGAAGCUUUUAAAGAGCUUGGGCGCAUGUGCUCUCUACAUUUAAAAAAUGAAAAUCCGCAAACUAAGUUAACUGUCUUGCAUCAAGCUGUUACCAUUAUAAAUUCACUCGAGUCUCAAGUACGAGAGCGUAAUCUAAAUCCUAAAGCUGCUUGCUUAAAAAGACGCGGCGAUGAGGAAAAACUAGGCGACGAUGUAAGUGAUAAACGGAUAUCUUUAGGUGGUUUGAUCGAUAAAAGAAACCAGAGAAGGCCGCAACAAUCUAUAAAUUAUCAACAGAGUCCACUAGAUGGUAGCGGCAUGAUGCAAGACACUGGUAUUUUUAGUCAUUAAGUUCAAAGCGGGGAAUGAUUUGUAAAUGUUGACACUGAAUUGUUUCUAGAUGGUCAAUUGCAUUGCCUUGGCCUUGGAAAGAAGUGUAUAUACUGAUCUCGACAGACAAUCAUACGAUUACUUCUUAAACGGUUCCUGCACUUUUUGUUUUUGUUUUUGCAGGUUAAAAAACAUUUAAACAAAAUGAAGUUAUCACCGUUAGCAGUUUCGAUUGAUGUUCUUUUUUUUUACAAAAUUUUAAUUUGUAUAUUUUAUGAAUGAUAUUUACUCAUGUCGGGUUUUUUCCGACAAUAUUAUCUUUA